AUGGUCUUGCCGUCGAGGGCCACCGUGUUGUUUUUGGCGGUCCUGCUCUGCGCAACAUCAUGGAGCGCGGCGGCCAAAGAUGGCAAGGACGACGGCGGCGGCAAGGAUGACGGCGGCGGCAAGGAUGACGGCGGCGGCAAGGAUGACGGCGGUUUCGGCGGAAACGGCGGUGGCAAGGAUGAUGGCAACGGCUGCGAGAAGGGCGGAGUGGAUUGCAACCAGGGUGUCACCUUCAAGGACGUCUCGGCUUGCGGCCAGCUGCUGGCCAAGCUCCAGAUCGCGCAGAGUGGCCCCGCCACCACCGUGUUCUGCCCCCUCAACUCUGGCAUCACGAAGCUGGCCAGGUACUUCAACUUUGCCAGCGCCGACGCCCUCGUCGCCGGAAUCGACACAUACGCAAACAAGGCCGAUGUCGCGCGGAUCCUGCGUUUUCACGUGGCAGACCCCCGCAAGGUCAUCACCAAGGCGGACCUGGUGGCUGCUACCAGUGGCCUCACCAUCAGCACCCUUCUCACCGCCUCCGAGCCCAACAAGAAGCUGUUCGUCCGCCAGGAGAACGAAGGCAAGGGCAAGAUCAAGAUCAAGGUUGACGGGGCUGGCAGGGACGAGGACCUGCUCGCCUUUGACCUAACGUUUACCGGCACCUGGAACAACGCAGCCACCGGCCUAAUUGUCCACGCCAUUGAAGAGAGCCUCCUGCGCCCCAACUGCACUGGCUGCGGCGGCGGCAACGACGACAACGGAAAUGACGGCCGCAGGGAGGACAAGCCCGACGGCGAAUAUGAGAAGCCCGGCGGCAAGCCGGUGACACUGGCUGAUCUGUCAGAUUGUCAGAAGCUGCUGAGUGCUGCUGGCAUCUCGUUCGAAGGCUCCACUGUGUUCUGUCCCACUAACAGCGCGAUCGUGGGCAUUGCCAAGGCCGUCGGCCUCAAGUCCACCCAGGCCCUCCUGGAUGACCUGGCCAAGGGCGCCUCCAGCCUGUACUUGAACUGGGUCACCAAGGUCCUCAAGUUCCACGUGGCUGUGGGCGUCUACACCCAGUACCUCCUGCCCAUCACCACUGGCAAUGACGCCGGCACACCGCUCAACACCCUCCUGACGCCGAACGACCCGACCGCCGUGCUGCUCCUUAGGAAGGCCGGCAAGAGCAAGUCCUCCAACUCCAAGCUGGUCGUUUUCAUCGGCAACCCCACAGCCAAGGAGCAGUCCAAGGUUAUCCGCUUCAACCUCACGUUUGCCGGCGACUACGUUGACGGCAACAGCUCGUACGUUGUGCACGCGAUCGACAAGCCCCUGGUGCUGACCCCCGGCACGUACGCGACUGUUGACAAGUUCCUGGCCAGCCAGAAGGGCACCACCAAGAUCAGCGCGCGCUACUUCAAGCCACUGAUCAAGACCAUCCUCCGCGCCAACGGCACCGGCACGCUCUUCCUGCCGCUGGACUCUGCUUGGAACGCCCUCGGCACCCAGACAGCCCUCCUGCCCUGGUCCCCCGACAUCUACAUCCGCGCCAUCGACAAGAGCAAGACGCUCAAGGAGACACUGGCAAAGUACCAUUACGUUGACGGGGCUAUCACCAGCGGCGACAUCACCACCCGUCUCGGCCAGAAGAUCUUUGUAGACUCUGGCGGCGGCAACAAUGGGGGCGGCAACGGCGGCGGCAACGGGGGUGGCGGCAACGGCGGCGGCGGCCAUGGCAACGGCGGCUUCGGCGGCAACGGCGGCGGCAAGGAUAACGGCAAUGGCUGCGGCAAGGGCGGGGUGGACUGCAACCAGGGCAUCACCUUCCAGGACGUCUCGGCGUGCGGCCAGCUGCUGACCAAGCUCCAGAUCGCCCAGAGUGGCCCUGCCACCACUGCGUUCUGCCCCCUCAACUCGGGCAUCACGAAGCUGGCCAGGUACUUCAACUUUGCCAGCGCCGACGCCCUCAUCGCCGGAAUCGACACAUACGCAAACAAGGCCGAGGUCGCGCGGGUCCUACGUUUCCACGUGGCCGACCCCCGCAAGGUCAUCACCAAGGCCGACCUGGUGGCUGCCACCAACGGACUCACCAUCAGCACCCUGCUCACCGCCUCCGAGCCCGACAAGAAGCUGUUCGUCAGCCAGAAGGGCAACGGCAAGGGCAAGACCAAGAUCCAGGUUGAUGGGGCUGGCAGGGACGAGGACGUGCUCGCCUUUGACCUGACAUUCACGGGCACAUGGAACAACACGCCAACCGGCAUCAUCGUCCAUGCCAUUGGCGAGAGCCUCCUGCGCCCCAACUGCACUGGGUGCGGCGGCGGCAACGGCGGCCAGGACCAGCCGGACGGCCAGUACCAGAAGCCUGGCGGCAAGCCCGUGUCGGUGGCUGAUUUGACGGACUGCCAGAAGCUGCUGGAUGCUGCUGGCAUCUCUUACGACGGCUCCACUGUGUUCUGCCCAACGAACCAGGCCAUCGUGGGCAUUGCCAAGGCCGUCGGCCUCAAGACCACCCAGGCCCUCCUGGAUGACCUCGCCAAGGGCGCCUCCAGUCUUUACUUGAACUGGGUCACAAAGGUCCUCAAGUUCCACGUGGCCGUGGGCGUCUACACUCAGUACCUCCUGCCCAUCACCACCGGCGCGACCGCCAGCACGCCGCUCAACACACUGCUCACCCCGGACGACCCCACCGCCGUGCUGAUCCUCAUGAAGGCCGGCAAGAGCAAGUCCCCCAAUUCCAACCUGGUGGUUUUCAUCAGCAACCCCACAGCCAAGGAGCAAUCCAAGGUUAUCCGCUUCAACCUCACGUUCACCGGCAAUUACGUUGACGGCAACAGCACGUACGUUGUGCACGCGAUCGACAAGCCCCUGGUGCUGACCCCCGGCACGUACGCCACGUUUGACAAGUUCUUGGCCAGCCAGAAGGGCACCACCAAGAUCAGCGCGCGUUACUUCAGGCCACUGAUCAAGACAAUCCUCAGCGUCAACGGCACCGGCACGCUCUUCCUGCCGCUGGACUCUGCCUGGUACGCCCUCGGCACCAAGACAGCCCUCCUGCCCUGGUCCCCCAACAUCUACAUCCGCGCCAUCGACAAGAGCAAGACGCUCAAGGAGACACUGGCAAAGUACCACUAUGUCGAUGGCGCCGUCACCAGCGGCGACGUCACCACCCGUCUCGGCCAGAAGAUCUCCGUAGACUCGCCCACCGUUGGCCAGGUCACAGGGGCCAUCAGCCCCCUCGACAUCGCCAUGCUCAAGGACACUUUUACGGUCGGCUACCUGACGGUGUAUGUGAUCGACGGCUACCCCCUCCUGCCCAAAGUCUGA